AUGAGAGUGAAUGAGUUGGGAAACUGGGUAGACGGUAUGACGAUCGCGUUGAAGUUCCUGAUACACCACCAUCCAGCACUUGCGUCACCGAAGUGGGAUUUGAGCGACGCACGAUUUUACGUAGAAGGGGAUGUGCGAGAUAUUCGCGUUUUCAGAAUCUCCGCGACUGAAUCUAACGGAGGAAAGAUCCUCCAGCGGUUGUCAGAGGGGCGCAAUACCCUCAGCAACGUGGCCCUCGUCAUACUCGCAAGCUUCAUAACUUCACAGGAUGAUCUCAACACUGAUCAGGACAGUAAAAAAUUGCUCGAAAGGUUCAGCUUCAUGUUCGGGAAUAUCAUGGAGGACGGAGGUGUCCUCGUGCAGCGCGAGUGUGCCACGUCUGGUGCUGUCAGCCUGCCGGGGGUGAAUGACACAGUGCCGGGGCACUCGAAGGCUGCUCUUGCCACGGCGGCGAUGGAACGUGUCAUCAGGCUUCUUGCCAAGGGACACAUGGUCCUAAGUGACAUUGGCAUUGCUGGCAAUAGUGAAGGCAACAAAACACACCUGGAUAUUAAUCCGUCCAUGAGCAACGAGAGCAUCCCUUUGGCAUUUUCAGAUGCCAAUUGGGCCCUGGGGUGCACACACCAGGGUUUUCAUGGUGUCUAUCGACCGCUUGCCAUUCUCGGUUAUUCUCCGAAACUCGGAGCGCGCGCAGAGCCUCGUCAUGCGUCGACGUGGUACGCGGAUGGUUGCGGACGAAGAAUUUGA